AUGACAACCAUUCCGCUGGAUGAAGAAAGAAGAAAUCUAUGGAUCGAAAUUUUGGGUGAUAAGUUUAGAAAGAAAGUAGUGGAAAAUGAAUCGAAAACCAGCUACAUAUGCUCGAAACACUUUCCAAGCUUUCCCAAUAGGCGGUUGCCCAACGAGCUGCCAAUUGCUCAACGCGAGGAAGAUGUGGCAGUGGAAAAUAGGGAAUCUGGAGAAAGUUUAUGUGCUCAAGUAAGUUUUCAGAGCUGUAGAAAAUUUUUUUAGAAAAAAAUGUGAUUUUCGUUGCAGGUUGAGAAAUUGAAUGUGAAAGAAGAUGGAGAUGAAAUGGCAAAGAUGAUGGAGAUUGAGAUGGAGAUGAGGCGAAAUGUAGAUGAGAAAGAUGGGGAUGAUAAAGAUGAAAAUGAGCCGAUUUUUGAAACAGAAGAAGCCGAAACUCAAAUAUCGACAUUGGAUAUCUCACCCAGAUGUCGAAUUUGCGUGAAAGUGCUUGAUGGUGAAAUCAAACCAGUUCCAAUUGAUCUAAAAAAAUUGGGUCAUUGGGUGAAGGUCUUCGGACCCAAUUUUUUUACAAAUAUUCAAAAUUUGCCGGGACCACAUUCAGUUUGUGCUUGUCAUAUUGAUGAAAUGGAUAUUUAAAUAUUUUUUUCUGUUGAAUAAAUUUUAUUUCGUUUUAAAACACGACUAUUGGUUUUCUCUUCAAAAACCCGGUGAAAUCACAAAACUAUUCUCCGAAACUCUAGAAUAAUUGUUCCACACUUUUUUCUGGAAAAAAAAACUUCUGGGUUACUGUAGUCUUAUGAACUAUAGUAACCCGAAGAAUUCGAUAUUUUCAUGAAUCGUUCGGAAUCGCUCAAAAAGCCCGUUUGACACAACAACAAUUCAGUUAAGCCCGGUUUUUGGCCUAUUUUCACACAGUAUUUUUUGAAUCACUAAAAGAAUCCCAGGCUCUCUGAGAAUAUCUACAGUGCUUCUAGGAUUACUGUAGGUAGAUCAAAGUUUCGCGAUCAACGAUCAAACCCAAAAAAUCAACAAUUUUCAUCAUAUUUUUUAUUUUUUUCAUUUUUUUUGACAUCUCGUGAAUACUAUAAGCCUUUUUUCUUCUGCUGACAACCUUUCGGGCGCCAUUGAUAACAAAUUCGACAAAAAAUCAGAACAACAUCAGCAGGUGCUCAAAAAAACAACACAGAAAAAAAUUGGAGCCAGGUUAGAGAGCACAAAAUUGGACAGAAACACACGAGGAAAUUGAUAAGAAGAGGGGUUUCCUGUGUGUGGGAAAAAUGAAUAAAAAAUUGGGGGAUUUUUGAAUUUGUAAUUUCAAAUUGCAAGGGUACUGUACUUCGAACUGCAAGGGGUACUGUAGUAUAACUAGUUCAGACAGGAAAUUAAAUAUUUCAAAAAUUCUGAACAUUUUAUAGAAUUCUCAAAAACCGUGUAGUUCUCUCGGAGAACUCAAACCACAAUUCAGAACAGCGAACAAAUGUGAAAAGCUUCUGCUUCUGGCUGCGCGAGAAAAAAAAUGGAGCACAAAAUGAGCUCUUGGGUUGGGGUGUAAUUAAAAAUGAGGAGAAGCUUGAAGUCAUGAUGAAAUUCGAAAAUACUACAAAAUUCCCAUUGGAAAAUCGAGCUAUGACGUGGCAAAAACGAUUUAAGGUCGAAAAGUUCAAGAUUUUUGACCCCGGAAAAAUUAGGUUUCAGAAUAUUUUAAACUGAAAAUUGACUUUAUUAAAUUCUGCUUCUGAUGGAACUUUUUUUUUACAUCGUCUUCUUUCAAUACUUUGCAGCAUAUGCGACAAAAAAACCAUAAAUUUUCUCAAAUUCAGAAUCCACGUGGCACAAAACCUACAGUGCCUAUUUUUUUCCAAAAAAAAUUCUGAAAUUCCCAAAAAAUCUCAUACGUGAAAAAAACGUGACCCAAAUUUUUUCCAGCCCGAAAAUCUUCACCGCUCCCCAUUUCUAUCUUGUUCCGCGUCGCAUUCCGCAAUGUCGCUUCCGCCACAUGCCGCAACCCAUUCCCGACUAGUUCAAUUCUACCGAUUGCGCAAAGAGAUAGCCGAUCUCCGGCAGAAUCCACGUGGCUACAUCAAAUCAUUUCAAAAAUUGCACAAAAAUAAGGAGGUCUAUAUUUUCAAGGUUCAGGGAGACGGCGAGAUUUAUGGCAAAUCGAUUUUGACGAUUUCUGUUGAUGUCACCCUGGAUUAUCCAUUCAAGACACCGAUUUUGAGAUUUAUUCAUCCGGUGAGUGGGAAAUUUGGAAAAUUCGGGAAAUUUUGAUCUAGAUAUUAUUUUUUGGCCUGUGGGCCUGUUGAAAUUCGGACCUAACUAGGCUUCGCCAAAAUUUAGGCUCAUCUUAGGCCUGUCUAAAAUUUAGGCCUAACUAGGCUUGUCCAAAACAAGGCUUUUAUUAGGCUUGUCCAAAAUAAAGGCCUGAUUUAGGCUUCUCCAAAAUUUAGGCUCAUGUUAGGCUUGUCAAAAAUUAGGUCUGUUUUAGGUUUGUUAAGAUUAGGGCCUUGCUCAAAAACCAGGCUUACCCUUAGGCCUGUCAAAAUAAAGGCCUGAUUUAGGCUUUUCAAAAUCCAGGCCCGAUUUAGGCCUGGUCGAAAUUGCUCAAAAAUCGGGCUUACCCUUAGGCCUGUCAAAAAUCAGGCAUAAAUUAGGCCUAUCCAAAAAUAGGCUUGUCAGAAUAAAGGCCUACUUAGGCUUCUCCAAAUUUAAGGAUUAACUUAGGCUUGUCAAAAUAAAGGCCCGGUUUAGGCUUGUCAAAUUUUGAGGCUUAGGCUUAGGCUUGUCAAUUUCAAAGCCUAAUUUAGGCCUGUCAAAAAUCAGGCAUAAAUUAGGCCUAACCAAAAAAAGGCUUAGGCUUAGGCUUGUCCAAAACAAGACUUCUAUUAGGCUUGUCCAAAAUAAAGGCCCAACUUAGGCUUGCUCAAUCAACUGUAGAUCAAAAGCUCUAGUAACUAGAUUCUAGUUCAAAACAUUUCCAGACUACAUUCUAGUUUGCAGCUUUACCAUCCAAACGUCGACGUGGCAACCGGCGAAAUUUGCUCAUCACUUUUGACACAAGAAAAUUGGAAACCUGAAACUACCAUUGAAGAUGUGCUGAUCAAUGUUCUGUGUCUACUUUCAGGUGAAUUUUUGGGCCUGAAAACUGGGCCACGGUCCAAUUUACCAGGCCCAAAAUAUUUUUUGCAGAGCCCGAUUUAUCUAGGCCCGUAAAUUUGGAAGCCGCCAACGAAUGUAUUCUCCAAAAAUCGCAAUAUUUGGCGAAAUGCAAAAAACUCGCAGCAAAAUUGACAAGCUAA